AUGGAUACAUUUAAUAUACAAACUAAAGGCGAUGAUGUUACCCUUAUCGCAUCAAACACUACUGCUGUCGGGCAGGUAAUAAACAACGACCAGUCGACUGUUGAGUCACAGUACACUGAUGCUAGCAGCACAGAAACUGAAGGGUCUGAUGCUGCCUCUAUUGACAUUGAUGAAGUCCGUCUUUGUUCCGAACAGUUAGGUGCUACCGUUGUCAAUGUCAGCAUGAAAGGGAUCAGUUUACAUGACCAGAAGGGUUUUGUAAAACUGAACUCAAUGCAGAAGAGGAGUUUAACUGUGUUUGCUUUAAAUUUCGUUUAUAAUUUUAAAGAUGUUUUUGCUGGCAGUUCAGUUAUUGUACCUGGAGGACACUGUCGUGACUAUAAUGGCAAAUUAUACGAAACAGGCAUGCAUUAUUUGCCUGGUCCAGAUUCAUGUCGGUUGUGUAUUUGCGAUAGUGGCUUGCCCAAAGCAUGUAAAAUGGGGCUCUGCGAAGCUUUCAGCAAAUGUAAAUCAUUUCAAACAGUGGGCAGUGGAAACAAUUGCUGUGAGGUUAUUUGCUUAGAUGACCAGUUCACCGAUGGAAGUACAGAUUUUGGUAUUUGACUGGUAGCCAGUG